AGAAUGACGCUGGAAAUGGGUACUCAGAGGUCCCUUCUUCUUUGUGAUGGAGUGGAGCCGGACCAGGCUCUGUUGGCUUUCGAGGAAGUUGCCGUGUGGUUCACGGAGGAGGAGUGGGCCCUGCUGGAGCCUGACCAGAGAGCCCUGCACAGCCAAAUCACGGAGAACAUCCUUGGGAUCGUGGCCUCUCUCCAUGGUGACUAUUGGGAAGCAGAGAAUGAGAGAGAAGCAUCGGGAAUGCUAUCGAAGGAAGAAAGACAUACAAACAGCAAAGAGGGGAGACAGCAAGAUGGAGCAAAUUGGAACAUGAGGAAUAAUUCCUUUCCUUGUCAGGCCAAUAACUACGAGGAUGUCGCAAUCCAAGAAGAAAGACCAGAAAAUAAUAAGUUCCCAAUUAGAAGGAAAACUUUGAAUACUGAAUUCAAAAUUAAAGCUUAUUGCAAAAUUCCCACAUUGAAGAAACCAUAUAAAUGCAAGGGUUGUGGAAAGAGUUUCAGUCACAAGAUACACCUCAUUUCUCAUCAAAGAAUUCACACAGGAAAACCAUAUCAUCGUGUGGAAUGUGGGAAGAACUUCAGUCAAAAGAUAAACAUCACGCAACAUCAAACAAGUCACACAGGGGAGAAACUAUAUUAUUGCUUGGAGUGUGGAAAGAGCUUCAGUGCAAAGAGUUGUCUCAUUACUCAUAAAACAAUGCACAUAGGGGAGAAACCAUAUCAUUGUUUGGAGUGUGAAAAAAGAUUCAGUCACAAGACAAGUCUCACUCGACAUCAAAAAACGCACACAGGGGUGAAACCAUAUCAUUGUUUGGAGUGUGGAAAGAAUUUCAUUUCAAAGCAUUCUCUCACUACUCAUCAAAGAACUCACACAGGAGAGAAACCAUAUAAAUGCUUGGAGUGUGGAAAGAGCUUCCGUUGGGGGACACAACUCUCCUCUCAUCAAAAUACUCACAGAGGGGAGAAACCAUAUCAUUGUUUGGAGUGUGGAAAGAAUUUCACUGCGAAGCAUUCUCUCACUACUCAUCAAAGAACUCACACAGGGGAGAAACCAUAUAAAUGCUUGGAGUGUGGAAAGAGCUUUUGUUGGAAGACACAACUCUCAUCUCAUCAAAAUACUCACAGAGGGGAGAAACCAUAUCAUUGUUUGGAGUGUGGAAAGAAUUUCAUUGCAAAGCAUUCUCUCACUACUCAUCAAAGAACUCACACAGGAGAGAAACCACAUGAAUGCUUGGAGUGUGGAAAGAGCUUCCGUUGGAAGACACAACUCUCAUCUCAUCAAAAUACUCACAGAGGGGAGAAACCAUAUCAUUGUUUGGAAUGUGGAAAAAGAUUCAGUCACAAGGCAAGUCUUACUCAACAUCAAAGAACUCACACAGGGCAAAAGCUACAUUAUUGCUUGAACUGUGGAAAGAGCUUCAGUGUGAAGAGUAAACUCAUUACUCAUCAAAGAACUCACACUGGGGAGAAACCAUAUCAUUGUCUUGAGUGUGGAAAAAGAUUCAGUCACAAGACAAAUCUUACUCGACAUCAAAGAACUCACACAGGGAAAAGCUAAUUUAUUGUUUGGAGUGUGGAAAGAGCGUCACUGUAAAGAGUCAUUUUAUUUCUCAUCAAAUAAUAAAAAUAAAUUUAUUUCUUACCCACCUCUCCAUUUUGAUUGAAGUGGGGAACAACAGAAAAUAUAAAAUAUAUAAAUCUGAUGAGAACAUAAUAUACAUUAAACAUCCUAAAAACAUUCUAAAAACAUCUUUAAGUUCCACUGGAUAGGCCUGCCGGAAGAGAUCAGUCUUUAUAUCAAAGAACUCAUACAGAGAAGAAACUGUCUCAUUGUUUGGAAAGUGGGAAGAUCUUCUCUCAAAAGAGAAAUCUCAGUUUGCAUGAAAGAAUUAACUCAGCGGAGAAGCCAUCGAAAUGCUUAAAAGAUGAAAAAGCUUCAGUAGAAACAAACUCCUUGGUUUUCAUCAAAUAAAUCAUGCAGGGAAGAACUUUUAAAACUGAAAACACUAUAUUUUAUCUUACUUCUCAUCUAAUAUCUUACACCAGGGAAAAACCAUAGGAACCUUUGGGAUCGUGAAAUGAGAUUCAUUUACACUCAAGCUUUAUUUCACAUUAGAAGACCAACUUAGGAAGACCAGCUUAGGAGAUGCCAAACCAAUGAGACUAUUAAUGUGCUCAAAUGAAGAGACCACAAAGAAACUUACGUAAACAACAUUUUCUCUUUUAUCAUCUUGGGAAAUGAUGUAAGAAAAAAUCAUAUUGAAAAAUAUGUUCGGACUGUAAAUAAUCCAAGAAUACUGGGUUGGAUGUAUUUUCUCAGUGAAGUGCAUUUCAAAAUUCUUUUAUAAAUAUUUCAUUAUUUUUUGUAGAAGGGUUAAGAAACAAAAUGCAUUCCAACACUGAAUAAAUAUGUGUAAUUAGCAA